AUGUCUCUUCCACCACAAAAGCUGCCUCGACGUCACGCCCAGCGUAGGACUCUUUACCAUGGCCGUUAUAAAACCCCUCCGUUGGAUUUAUUUAGUGCUGAGAAUCCUCAAGCAAUCAAACCGCAGGCCAAGAAAAGGCAGAAGGUGCCCAUUUCUGAUGCCAACGACUCCAGCGCCGCCUCUGAUUCUGACUCCGAUUCCGACUCUGAGUCUGACUCUGGCUACAGCUCUAACCGUUACCUCGAUUCAGAAGCCAAGCAUUAUCGGAAGAUCAGGGCCAAGUUCGUAGUCGCCGGCCUAAAUCUAGCAAACCCCUGUGACGAGACAAAGGCGAUGAUGAAAAGAGAAGAACAGAUGUGGAAACUGCAUUGCAAGAAAAUAAAGAAGGGAGAUCCGGUGGCUGCUCUUAAAGGUGCAAUCGCGGAAGACUUCAAGACGUUCCUUGUCUAG